GGUCGCUAUUUGUUUGGCUGAGCGGCAGCGCACACUAAAUCGAGUCGUCUUCGUGUUUCCUCCCCCAGGGAUUAAGGAGGGCGAUGCCCACCCGGUGCGCCACAAAGCUGCACUCACCGCCACGGUGACGACGAACCAUACCGGAGCCUAAGUCGGACUGAAUCCCGCAAAACGCUGCGUUUAUACCGAGCCCUCAUUGGAUACUCUGCACCCCACCGUCUCUCCCACAUUCUGACACUGCACUCGCUGCACAUUCUCUGCGAAAUAGGAGAGUCCAACGAGGAUUUUCCCUCUCCAACCACUUUUUGUGGAAUUCCGAAUACCAAAUGCUUGUGUGAUUUGAGGAGGACGUUGAGAAUAAGCGACAUUUCUUGUGAUCAACUUUUUCGAAUCCUAUUAGUUCUUUUGAAAGAUCUAUUGCUCCACAUCUUGUUCUCCGCUUCCCCCUCUCCCCCAAGGUCACUGCUCAUCUACGCCACUGCUGUGCGUUAGCGGAGCAGAGAUGACGACCGAGCUCUCUCAGCAGCAGCUGGACCCGCCGCCUCCCCUGAGGUCCAGCCCGACCUCCGGAGUCCUGCACCCCGCCAUGAUGAGCCCACAGACCGAGGUGGACAGCUCCUUAGCCGGGGCCAAAAGCAAGAAGGCGAGCUCCGGCCUGAGGCGACCAGAGAAGCCUCCCUACUCCUACAUUGCGCUCAUCGUCAUGGCGAUACAGAGCUCACCGACCAAGAGGCUGACGCUCAGUGAGGUCUAUCAGUUCCUCCAGGCCCGGUUCCCCUUCUUCAGAGGAUCCUACCAGGGCUGGAAGAACUCCGUCCGGCACAACCUCUCCCUGAACGAGUGCUUCAUCAAGCUGCCCAAAGGGCUAGGCAGGCCGGGGAAAGGCCACUAUUGGACCAUCGACCCUGCCAGCGAGUUCAUGUUCGAAGAGGGCUCGUUCCGCCGCAGACCCAGGGGCUUCCGGAGAAAAUGCCAAGCUCUGAAGCCUAUUUACCGGAUGAUGAACGGGAUAGGCUUCGGUACGUCCAUUUUACCGCAGAACUUUGAUUUCCAGGCGCCCACUGGGUCUCUGGCGUGUCAUAGCAACAGUUACAACUUGGACAUGAUGACCAACUCCAUGGCCGGUGGCUACGACGGACUGAGCGGUGGCCACCACGUACCUCACAUGUCCCCGAGCCCCGGGUCCACAUAUAUGGCCAGCUGUCCGGUAACGUCCAACGGGGACUACGGUGGACCGGACAGUAGCAGCAGCCCUGUGCCCUCGUCUCCGGCUAUGGCCAGCGCGUUGGACGGUCAUUCUCCAUACGCCAGUAGCGCCGGACACUGGGCGUCUCCCGGCGUCUCCCCGUACAUUAAGCAGCAGCCUCUGGUCUCCAGCAGCUCGGCGUCCUCUGGGUUAAAUUCCGGCAUGUCCCCCUAUUCCCUGGAGCAGAGCUACCUCCACCAGAACGCCAGGGACACCGCCGAUAUCUCAGUGGGGAUCCCUCGCUACCAGAGCCACUCCUCACCCGUGUGUGACAGGAAGGAUUUUCUCCUGAACUUUAACGGCAUCUCCUCGUUUCGUCCUUCAGCCAGCGGAUCUUACUAUCAUCAUCACCAACAUCACCAAAGCCUUUGUCAAGACGUCAAACCGUGCGUGAUGUGAGCGCGUCGUGGAGUGUGCGUAAUGGCUCCAAACCGUGCGUGAUGUGAGCGCGUCGUGGAGUGUGCGUAAUGGCGCCAAACCGGAGAUGAGCAUCUUAUCAACAUCAAAUCAAAAAAAUUAAACUGAUUCCAUGAGUGUUAAAAGGCAAAUAAAUUGGCUAAUAUUUCUGAUGAGAAUGAACAAGAGGGACAAAGGGCUAGCCUAUUUCUGAGAAGCCGGAAAACUUCUCACAUCAGGGUAUAUUUACAGUGGCCUUCGUUGUCUUGAUGAGCCUAAAGCAGUUGUUGCAUACGUAUUAUUCUCACAUCAGGGUAUAUUUACAGUGGCCUUCGUUGUCUUGAUAAGCCAUAAGUAUUAUACAACUGUUUCCGAAAUGAAGGAAGGCACCAAAUCUUCUGACAAUAUAACCAAGGUUUUUUUCAAAAUAAGUUUCAAAACGACUAAUGUGUUUGCUGUCAUUAACUGUGCAAACGAAUACCUUAUAUUUUUUGUAACUAGGCCUCUGUUCCGAUAUAGGCCAAUAAAGGUAAAUGCAGCCUACACAUACACAAAGCUUCUUUAUAACAGAUUGAAACACAUUUGCACUUGUUGUAUACCCUUUGAGAUUUGCUUAAUUUUGUCAUGAAGUGUUUCAAUAAAACGGAUGUAUUUUAGGCUA